GCUCCCCGUAUCGCCGCACAAACCAAAACAAACCCAAGCAAGGAUAACACAAGCAACGAUGCGUCGCGAGGGACCGCAGCGCGGGUGGGUGCGAGUAUACAAUCUGGACCUGCUGAUCGACCCGGAGGCGGAAGGGGAACACAAGCAGCGGCGCGUCUCGGCGCACACGACCGUGGCGGGGACGUCGACGGUGGCCAAUGGCGGGUACAUCAGGGCGCCGCAGAAGCCCACCAACCACUCCAAGCCUUCCUGCGGCGGCAGCAUCUGCAAGGCGCUCAGCGGCAAGAGCGGCGGAUCGUCAGCGUCGGGGAAGGGGAGGCGCAAGUUCUGGCACGACAAAAUCAGGACGAUCUACCUCGAGAUGGCCGAUGGCAUCGACGGGCAGUUCGAUGAUGACAUGGAUUAGUUCAUCAGCGCACAUAUACAGCGUCGGCAUCGGGUUUAUGGGAGGAAGAGGGCCAGCUGACAGAACGAGAGAAAAUUCGAUGAGUUUGUAAAGCUGUGAUUUUUGUGAUGUCUGAAUCUUCUGUUAACGAGACGUUUCUUGUUAAAAAUAUAAUUACUGCACGUGAUAUUUGGUCUCAAAGUUU